AUGCCAAACUGUCCACGUUGCGAAAAGCCAGUCUACUUUGGUAUGUUAUUGUACAUUUAAUAGCGUUUUUUUUUAUAAAAAGCUUACUUUUUUGUAAGGACAUGUACGUUGUGGUAACAAAAAAGUCUUGGCGUUAAUUUAUAUCUAAAAUAGUGGUCGAAGCGACAAGAAUCUUGUUUUAAAUUGAUUUCUUUGAGAUUGGUAAAAAAAUAUAAGGUUGGUAAAAUACGACUCGCAUUGGAACGUUGUGUAAAAUCAAGGUUCUUACUUUACAUACUUUAAAUCAAUUUCUUGUCAUAAAUUAGCAGAUGGAAACAGUAAUAUAAUAAGUUAUUUUUCAGCCGAAAGAGUUGUUUCUAUUGGCAAGGACUGGCACAGACCUUGUUUGAGGUGUGAGAACUCUGCUUGUAAGAAGACGUUGAGUGCUGGAAGUCAUUCUGAGGUAAGUCUGGUAUUUUAGAUGGGGUUGACUUUCUUUUUAGGGUGUUUAGAUAAUUAUGUGCUCCUUCUCAAACCGUGUCUUUGCGGUUAGGGGCAAAGAAUAUUUGAACAGCCUAAUAAAAAGUUUUGAAUUUUGAAAAUCUGGUCGAUGACUAUAAAAUUGUUUUUAAAAUAAUUUUCCUACAAAAAUUGAUCUUAUGUUAGCUUUAUAUAUUUUAUUAGUUUUAAAAUUGAAUCAAAAUUUACGUAAAACAAUUUUUGCCUACGUUACAACUUAUCACUACUUUCAGCACGAAGGCAAGCCCUACUGUAACCGCUGCUAUGGCGCUUUAUUCGGUCCUCGCGGCUACGGACACGGUGGAGUCGAAUCCCACGUCUUUUUGAAUGGCACUACCGGACAGGUCUAA